AUGGAAGCCUUCUGCUUGCAAAAGCAGCAACCUCAUGGUGGGAACUUGGUGAUUGGUCCAAAAUUUGUGGAUGGUGCUAUUGCGAAUCAGUCUAACCAAUCCUGCACCAUAGCUGAGGAAGACGAGGGUGCAAAGUUAGCAAGAUUGUUGCAAGAAGAAAAGUAUUGGCACUUUACUACGAGGCAGAAGAAAAGUAGGGGUUCCGCUUGUGCAUCAAACACAAUCUACAUCAAAAUUAAUGAAGAUGAGAUUGCAAAUGAUUACCCUCUGCCUGCGUUUUACAAACACUCUAAUGAAGAAACCGAUGAGUAUAUAGCUGUUGCAAGUGAUGAUGUAAUUGACCACCCUGAUGACCUCCCUAUAAAAAUGCUUCAUAACUGGUCACUUCAUAACUCUGACUCAAGGUUGAUUUCUUUGGAGCUUCUUCCAAUGAAACCUUGUGAAGAUAUUGAUGUCACCAUCUUUGGAUCAGGUUGUAUGACUGAAGAUGAUGGAAGUGGAUUCUGUCUUGAUGGUGAUCCUGAUCAGUCUUCUUCUACGGAUUCGGAGGCUCCGGAUGAAAUGGGUUUGCCAAUAUUUUUGAGUGCGAUAAAGGAGUGGAUAAUUGAGUUUGGAUCGUCAAUGAUUUUUAUAUCUGUGCGCACGGACAUGGCCUGGUAUAGACUUGGGAAGCCUUCAAAACAAUAUGCUUCCUGGUACAAGCCAGUCCUAAAAACAGUUCGGCUUGCAAGAAGCAUCCUUACAUUGUUGAAGGAACAAAGUCGAGUAUCAUGGUUUUCUUUUGCAGAUGUAAUACGAAAAGUGUCUGAGUUCAAGAAGGAUCAUCUUGCUCAUAUUUCUUCUGAUCCAGCAGUUGUUGAGAGGUAUGUGGUUGUGCAUGGACAGAUAAUACUACAGUAUUUUACUGAGUUUCCAGAUCGGAAGAUCAAGAAAUAUGCUUUUGUGGUCGGUCUGACUCAGAAAAUGGAGGACAGGCACCAUACUAAGUGGAUGGUAAACAAAAAAGCAGUUGUACAAAAGUGUCAAUCCAAUUUGAAUCCUCGAACAGUAAUGGAUUCUGUAGCUCCAGCAUCAUCCAAGAGGAAGUUUAUGCAGGCAACAACAACAAAGCUGAUCAACAGAAUUUGGGGGGAAUAUUAUUCAAACAACUAUUCUCCAGAGGAUUUAAAAGAGGGAACUGAUUCUGAAGUGAAAGAAGAAGAUGAAGUUGAAGAUCAGGAUGAAAAUGAAGAUGAUGAUAAAGAGGAGGUGGUAGAGAAAACACUAAAACCUGACUCAGUGUUCGAACCUAUUAAAUCCCAUUAUUCGCAAAACGAAGUAAAGUGGGAUGGGAAUCCUAUAAGCAAAACAUCUUCUGGAGAAGCCAUUCACAAGCGAGCCAUUUUUUGUGGAGAGGUUGAUGAAUUAGAUGAACUUCCUGCCAUCUAUUUUGUUGAGUACAUGUUUGAAACACGAAGUGGAAGCAAGAUGUUUCAUGGGAGAAUGAUGCAACUGGGAUCUGAGACAGUUCUUGGCAACACUGCCAAUGAUAGAGAGGUUUUCUUAACAAAUGAGUGCAUGAAUUAUGAACUACGGGAUGUUAAGCAGGCAAUUAGUCUGGAAGUUCGAAAAAGGCCAUGGGGACAUCAUCACAGGAAAGAUAACACCAGUGCCGAUAAAAUUGAUCGGGAAAAGGCAGAAGAGAGGAAAAAUAAAGGAUUGCCACUAGAAUAUUACUGUCAAAGCUUGUACUGUCCGGAAAGGGGUGCUUUUUUCACUCUCCCGUUUGAUAAUAUUGGUCUUGGCUCUUGUGUCUGCCACUCUUGCAACUUAAAAACAGUUGAAGUGGAGAAGGAUAUUUUCAAAGUGAAUUCUUCUCAGACAGGAUUUUUAUUCAAGGGAACUGAGUACUCUGUCCAUGAUUUUGUCUAUGUGAGGCCUCAGCAAUUUGCUGCGGAAAGGAAGGAGAAUGAAACUUUUAAGGGUGGAAAAAAUGUUGGGUUGAAGCCUUAUGUUGUGUGCCAGUUGUUGGAGGUUGUUCCAAAGGAACCAAAACAAGCUGAAAUAAGAUCCACCAAAAUCAAAGUACAAAGAUUUUUCAGACCAGAUGAUAUUUCACUGAAGAAGGGAUAUUGUUCUGAUAUUCGCGAGAUAUAUUACAGCGAAGAAACACAUUUGUUAUCUGUCGACACAAUUGAAGGGAAACGUGAAGUGAGAAAGGAAAAUGAUAUUCCAACAUGCAGUGCCCCUGCAAUCUUUGAUCAUAUCUUAUUCUGCAAGAAAAUGUAUGAUCCUUCUAAAGGGUCCCUCAAGCAGCUACCAGCUCAAAUCAAAUUGAAGUUUUCAGUUGUGAGUAGAGAAAGUGAUGUUGCAUGUAGAAAGAGAAAAGGAAAGUGUAAAGAAGGAGAAAGUGUCUCAUCAACCAAGUGGGCUAUUGAGUAUGAAGAGCCUGCUGGUGAAGCAUUUAAACUCAAUCAUGCAAAGUCAUUGAUGUUUACUAAUAAUUGCAAUGUUAUACUCAGGGCUGUGAUGGAGAAAUGUGGAGAUGCAGAUGACUGUAUUUCAACUUCUGAGGCUGCUGAAGUGGCUUCAUCACUUGGCGCGAAGGUGAUCGAUGGUUUGCCAUUGCCAGGGUUUAAUCAGAGCACUUGGAGUAAAGUUCAAUAUGGGUUAUCAGGUGAGAUUUGGUAUUUUGGAGGCGGGAGCAUACGGAGUUUCUCAGUCUCGCAAACGAGCCUUUAUACGGGCAGCCUCCCUGAUGCGAUACUCCCAGAAUGGCCAGAGCCAAUGCAUGUUUUUGCUGUGCCAGAGUUAAAGAUCAUUUUGUCUGAGAAAUCACAAUAUGCUGCUGUUAGAAGUACCACUUGUGGAGCCCCUUUCAGAGCAAUAACUGUCAAAGAUACAAUUGGAGAUCUCCCUGAUGUAGGGAAUGGUGCUUCUAAGACAAAUUUGGAGUACGGAAAUGAUCCUAUCUCUUGGUUUCAAAAGGAAAUUCGAGGAGACAUGGGUGCUGAUUGGCGUGAUCUUCCAAAUGAAAAGGUCAAAUUGUCUACUGGGCAAAUGGAUGAUUUGAUACCAUGGUGCCUACCAAACACAGCUAAACGACACAAUCAGUGGAAGGGGCUAUUUGGAAGGUUGGCAUGGGAAGGAAACUUCCCAACUUCAACAACAGAUCCUCAGCUGAUGGGUAAGGUUGGGAUGUGCUUUCACCCUAAGCAGGACAGGAUUCUUACUGUUCGUGAAUGUGCACGAUCUCAAUUAUCUACUUGUAGAGUGGAUAUUGAAGGUUUUCCACACGGAUAG